UCACACGUCUUAAUGGUUAGGAACUCUAUCCGUAUCUUUGCUCCAUACUUUGCUCCAUACUCUGCUUCAACUACUUGAACCAACUGCUUGGUCUGUCGCUAUAUUGUACGACCUCUCCUCGACGGCCCACCACCGCUCGCAACAGACGGCCGUUUUCUCUCCUCCCUCUGCCCUCCUCCCACUGCCCUUCCCCCCCUCUCUCGAGAAUAUCGACGACAACCACCACGACAUCACAAUUAAGCAUAUCCUUAAUCACCCCCCAUACAUACAUAAUAUCUUUACCGUAUCGUAUUCUUCCCCGGAUGGCCUGCUGAAUGGCCUCGGCAACCGUCGCAACCUCUGUCGCUGCCACCUCCCAUCGCCCGUCCUUCUCUGGGCCCGCCUCCACCGCUCUGAUACCCACUCCCACCCCUCCACCUCCCCAGACUGCUGCCACUAUGCAAUUGUCACAACAGAUGACCGCCUCGCAGCAGUCUCACCAGUACCCCCAGCCCUCUUCCCAGCAGCCCUUCUCCAUGAGCCAACCUUCCUCCCAGACUCUCAACUUGCAGUCUUCCUAUCGCCAGUACACCGACCCAGCACCACAGCCCGCUGAGCAUGUUAUGCCCAUAUACUCGGCUCUCUACUCGGGUGUUGGUGUCUACGAAACCGAAGCCAAUGGCAUCACCGUCAUGCGCCGCCAGAGUGAUGGCUGGCUCAAUGCGACACAGAUCCUAAAGGUGGCAGGGGUGGAAAAGGGACGCCGGACAAAAAUCUUGGAAAAGGAGAUCCAGACGGGCGAGCAUGAAAAGGUUCAGGGUGGCUACGGGAAAUACCAGGGCACAUGGAUCCCUUUUGAACGCGGCCUCGAGGUUUGCCGUCAGUAUGGCGUCCACGAGGUGCUCCAUGCACUUCUCACCCACAAGCGGGGCCAAGAUGGAGGAAGCGCCCCCGAUGUCGACACGCCAACAAAAGAACAGGCCAUGGCUGCCCAGCGGAAGCGUCUGUACAACGCAAGCUCUCAGGAGAGCCGCGGAGGUGGUGUUCAACAGGGUGGCACAUUCUUCAAGAGCAUUUCGUCGACCGCAUCUCAUGCUAUCAAUGCUAUUAGCAAAGCCAGGUUCGAGUCGCCCGCUCCCAGAAAUCGCAACCCUCCGUCUCGCGCUCCCAGCUUCCAACGCCAGCCGUCCAUGCAAGAUGCUGGUGACUUCCCACCAAACUCCCAGCACAGUUUUGUGUCCAACUAUGGGGCCCCCGAAUCCGCCUUUGGUUCUCAAGAGACACAGCCGGUGGUCAACGAGACGGUCGAGCCUGCGCGCAAGAGGCAAAGAAUUCUCACACCCGCUCACAGCUUUGGAGGGCUCACCCCGACAUAUCCAAGUAUGAACCCCUACGCCGAGAACUUUCCCGGGUCACCCACCGAGCCGAACGAGUCGUUCAUCUAUUCCCGGAACGAGCCGGAGUAUGCUCCUGGUCCGCUGCGUCCGCUGCCAUACGAAACAGCUCCCGAGGCCGAGGCGAAACGCAGCAUGCUGAUGCAGCUGUUCCUCAACACGGCCGGCCCUGACGAAAACCAAAAGAACAUCCUCCGCAACAUGAUCCCGCAAGAACUUGACGGUCCCAUUGAUGCUCAGAGCAACACAGCCCUCAUCUGGGCUGCCACUCUUGCCCGGAUGCCGCUCUUGAGAGCCCUCGUGGAGGCGGGAUCUAGUCCAUUCCGUGUGAACGCAUCCGGAGAAACGGCCCUGAUGAGGGCUUGUAAUGCCACCAAUUCCAUGGAACACGGGUGCUUCCCAGAUCUUCUGGACAUCCUGGGCGGUACCCUGGAUGUGAGAGAUGACAAAGGCAGGACGGUGCUGCAUCACAUUGCCCUCGUCAGUGCGGUACAGGGUAGGAAUGUAUGCACCCGGUACUAUCUUGAGAGCUUACUUGAGUGGGUGGUCCGCCAAGGGAGCAAUCCAAGCAGUCAGAGCCAGACUUAUGGAAGCAACGGGCUUGCCUCGUCAAGAAUGAACAUUGGUCGGUUCAUGGGAGAGAUUGUCAACGCACAAGACAACCGAGGUGACACGGCCCUGAACGUGGCAGCACGUGUGGGCAACCGAAGCAUCAUCUCACAACUCAUCGAGGUUGGCGCAGACCCUGAAAUCGCCAAUACCGCCGGUUUACGUCCCUUGGAUUUUGGCAUUGGGCUGGCAGAUGGACACUCUGCCAGUGGCGAGACCGGGGAGAGAAACGCUCCUCAGGGGUCGAGACAGAAGAGCAGGGAGAAUAGCGAUGAGGUUGUCAACUCCAUCUCUCAUCUUAUCAACGAGUCAACCUCUCAGUUCCAGGGCGAACUCAAGAAGAAGCAAGACGCUAUCGACGCGCUUCACGGAUCUUUGCGCACAACCUCGGCCCAGGUUGGCGAGGCUCGCCGCAACCUAGAAGCUCUUCAAGAGAAGCUUACUGCCCAGCAGCUCGCCCGUCAAAAAGCCUCCAACCUUGCGCUGGCCUGUGAGGAGGAGGAAAUGGGACUUCGCCAACUCGUACAGCAACACCGUGUCUCCGUCGACAAUCUUGGGCCUGAGCAGGACUGGGCCGCCGAACUCAGGGCGGUUCUCACCGAAGCAAAGCAGCAAGCAGCCGACGACACCGGAGUGGACGGCCACCUCGCCGCCGACGCGGACAAGCCACAUCCCGCUGCUCGUCUCCCUAGUGCCGCCGUGUUGCGUGCCAGAAUCAGGGCGGUUCACGCCAGAGGGGAGCAGACACGACACAUGGUUGGUAGACUGAAAGCGCGGAGCAAGCAGCGAGAGCUGCAGUACCGAAAACUUGUCUCACUCUGCACACGCCGGCCAGAGGCAGAAGUCGACCGGCUGCUCGAAACUUUGACGAAAGCCGUCGAGUCGGAGAAGGGCGAGCUUGAACUUGGAAGAGUCAGGAGAUUUCUUGGCGGGGUUGAGGGUGUCGUUGCUUGAAUAUUUCUACACGUUGUUAUUGGGAAGUGGUGUUCUCUUGCUUGCAUUAGGAUUGGCGUUGAGGGAGGAUACUUGGCCUUGUCCAUUGUCACACAUACUGUCAUCGGAGUCUUGGAUGACUGUCCCUAUGGACAAUUAUUCUGUGUUCUUUCGGUUGGUCUUGUCGAACGGCCUGUUAUUCAGGUCGAGUCUCUUUCUCUAUCAUUAUACCACACUUCUUACCACCAUUCACUAUACCACACACACCAAGCAUGGCGCCUUUGGCUUGCAAAGUUGAUAUUCGAUAGAAGCUUUGGGGAACCGAGGGAAUCAGAUGUUUGGCCGUUAUAUAUUUACCAAGUAUUGAACAUGAUACAUGUACCUACCCAUAUGCAUGCUGCCGUACCCAAAAUUUGAUGCAUCGAGGC